UCUCAUCUCCUUCGAAGUUUAUAAACACAAGCACCCGCCAUUAUUCCAGGUGAGCUCGCUCGCUGAAACGAGAACGGAAGAGGGAAGCGAAGAUGAGCGAGCCGGUGAAGCUGCUGGGCUCCUUCGGUAGCCCGUUCACGCACCGCGCGGAGGCGGCGCUGCGGCUGAAGGGAGUGGCCUACGAGUUCAUCCAGGAGGACCUGGGCAACAAGAGCGAGCUGCUGCUCCGGCACAACCCGGUCCACAAGAAGGUGCCGCUGCUCCUCCACGGCGACCGUGCCGUCGCGGAGUCGCUUGUGAUCGUGGAGUACGUCGACGAGGCCUUCGAGGGCCCGCCCCUUCUCCCUCUCGGAGACCCCCUAGCCCGCGCGGCCGCCCGCUUCUGGGCGCAGUUCGCCGUGGACAGGUGUUCGAGGACGCUGUUCAAGGCGCUGUGGACGCCGGACGGCGAGGCUCGGAGGGGGUUGGUGGCGGAGACGAAGGGGAACCUGGCGCUGAUGGAGGCGCAGCUGGAGGGGAGGAGGUUCUUCGGAGGCGACGAGAUCGGGUACCUCGACAUCGCCGCCAGCGGGCUCGCGUGGGUCACGGUGCUGGAGGAGCUCGCCGGAGUGGAAAUGAGCGUGAUCGGCGAGGAGGAGUUCCCUGCCCUGUGCCGGUGGCGCGGGGAGUACACCUCCCAUGAAGCCGUGAAGGCGUGCUUGCCGAGCAGGGACCAGAUCGUGGCCUUCUACGCUGGAAUGAAGGAAAGACUCGCGCUCCUUGCCAAGUCAAUGCAAAAGUAAAAAUUGUCUGUAGCUCUUGCUGCUUGCGUGGGAUGCAUACUAGAGGUACUGAACUUUGAUGAUGAUUGUGCUUGUGUACCGUUAUGGCUCUGAAUAAUUUUGGCGUUUGUUCACUAAAAGGGAAAAAAAUGUUAUACAGUAGUAUUUCUGAAGUACACCUACGGGCGACGCCGCUGGUUUAGCAAACUGAAGAACUCCCUAACGUUAGUAGGCAAACUCUCUAAAUCGGUCUUAUUGCUUGGGCUCCUUUUGAAUUUUCCAUUGA